AUGGACGAUCUCGGACAAUUCGUGGAUUCGAAUCUUCUCUACACCCAGGAGAGAAUGACUCGUUACCGCCCACCAGGCUUUCAUCCCGUCAAACUUGGCGACACAUUCAAAUUUGGCCGGUACAAAGUGUACCACAAGCUGGGCUAUGGAGGCUUCUCAACAGUUUGGCUCGCAAUCGGCCAAUCACUCAAACGAUGGGUUUCUUUAAAAAUUGCGACAGCCUCAAGCAGCGAGUCCCCCCAGGAGCUGACUAUCGUUAGGGGGUUGAAGGAGGCCCGUGUAGGGCACGUCGUCAAGUUACUCGACUCCUUCGUUCACCAGGGACCCAACGAGACACAUGCAUGUUCCGUCUUCGAGCUCCUCGGGCCUACGGUUGACGUUGUGGUCAGUAACUACCGGGACGGAGCAGAGCCAGGCGAAGAAGACCACCUCGAACCCGCAACUAUCCUGAGAAUCACGGGGCAGCUCUUACGAGCCCUUUCAGCUAUGCACGGGGCGGGUUAUGCGCACGGAGAUAUCAGUGGAGCAAACUUGGUUUUCACUGCUCACAACCUCCAGGAGUUGUCGGCCGAAGAGAUGUUUGAGGUCAUAGGUGCCCCUUUUACUGAGCAACUUGCUCGCCACGAUCAGGGACCAGUCCACCCUUCAAUGCCUGAGCAACUGGUCCAAAAGGCUGGCUGGGACAUGUGGAUUGAUGAGGACGAGGAAGAUGUCCGUCUCAUUGAUUUUGGCAAGGCGUUCUUUCAUGGCGCCGAACCUCACCAGCUCGCCAAACCGCCGGGAUUGGAGGUGCCUGAAAGAAUCUUUACCGGGAGAUUGACUACAGGGUCGACCUCUGGCGAGCAGGAUGCUUGGCCCUUCCAGUCGCUUGGGGAUGUAGAUGCUGUGGUAGCGCAGAUGAUACAUUUCGUGGAGGGCUUACCAACGGCGUGGCGACCUCAGUGGGAAGCCCGGAGACAUAGCUCUGAACUGGCCUUUCCAGAUCCAGACGAGUGGGAAGGGCCGUCGGAACUAGAGGUAAAAUUCAACACGCAAGUCAAGAACACGAGCUUACAGCGCCUUCUACCCAUUAUUCAGGGGCUCAUGCGGUUCGACCCAGAGAUGCGCCUCUCAGCGGAGCAGGUGUUGGGAAUGUUGGAUGGUUAUGGCCGAGGUUAA